AGAAGAAACAAGGAAGAGGCGUUGAGCGUUAAAAAAAAAAACAAAUGUCGGGGUCCAUAUAAACCGUUGUCUUAAUACAUCCAUGAUAUAAACUGCUGUUAGAAUCUGUGAACAUGUAACAACAGCUGAUUGUAAUGUCGAAGGUUGGACAAGAUGUUAUAAUCGCAAAAUAAUGACGUUGUUAAGCCACAAGGAGCAAGUAUUUGGCCGGAUAAUGCUAACUAACACAGCUGGCCACAUUGUGUUUAGCAAAGUCGGGAGUUCCAUCUAACGUUAGCUGCCAGUAGAGUCACCGGGAUUAAGGCAAUAGUUUACAUGUGCCAUGUAGCUAGCUACACUGAAACAACCUUAACUUUACAACUAAUGUUCACAACCGUUAACGUUAACUUGCUUUGUGACUCGCCAAAUAGCAGUUUAUUAGACAACGGUCAUCUUCCGUCUUGUGACAGCGUUAUUAGUUUAGCUACCUGUUAACGUAACGUUACACCGCUGGUUGCAGGAUAUCCAGUGAAACCUCCGACAAUGUCAGUCAAUGGGAAAGUCAUCCCGAACACUCCGCUGGCUGUGGACUUCUGGCAUGUGCGGAAGUGUCCAAGCACACGGCUGUUUUUCCUGUCCCACAUGCACAGCGACCAUACGGCGGGUUUGACCUCCACCUGGAGCAACCGGCCCAUCUACUGCUCACCAACCACUGCCGCUCUGCUCCGACUCAAACUGCAGGUGAAAGAACAGUGGAUCCAUCCAUUAGAGCUCGAUGAGCCAUACCUGUUGCCACUGGAUGACAUUGGCAAGGAGAGACUGACAGUCACACUGAUAGAUGCCAACCACUGUCCAGGGGCUGUCAUGUUUCUCUUUGAAGGCUACUUUGGCUCUAUACUGUACACUGGUGACUUCAGAUAUACUCCCUCCAUGUUGCGUGAGCCAUGCUUGAGGACCAACACCAAUAUAGAUGUCCUGUACCUGGACAACACCAACUGUGACCCCAACCGCACCCUCCCAUCCAGACAGCGAGCCUCUCAACAAAUCAAAGAGAUCAUCCGCAGCCACCCAAACCACAAUGUAGUCAUAGGCCUGUAUGCACUGGGUAAGGAGUCCUUGCUGUUGGAGCUGGCGAUGGAGUUUAAAACCUGGAUCGAGGUGAGCUUUGAGAGGAUGGAGACCCUCAAAGCCCUGGAGCUGCCUGACGUCUUCACCACUGACCCAGGAGCCGGUCGUAUCCGAGCCGUGGACCAGUCGGAGAUCUGCUCUGCCACUUUACAGCAGUGGAACAAAGAACAACCCACUUUGGCCAUCUUGCCCACCAGCAGGCCCCUGGUCUCCUAUCACCCCAACAUCCACGUGGUGCCCUACUCCGACCACUCCUCUUACCAAGAGUUGGAGGAUUUUGUUUCUGCAAUUAAACCUACCUCCCUGGUACCCAUUGUAGGAAACCAUGUACCUGGAAGCUUCUCUGCCUUACUGCCCAGCAAAAAGCGACAUGAAAUCCUGGUGCCUGAGUCAGUCAGACACUACAUGUUGAGACAGCCUGAGAGGCAACUCAGCUCAUCAUCGUACACCAGCCUUCGCCGCAGACAUUUCCGACUUCUUGCUCCCAAAGGGGUGGUAUUUGAGUCUCCUGUACAUGGAUCCAGGAAGUCAUGUGAAGAAGCCUUGGAGGCGGAGUGCCUGCAGCAGGAUGCUUCUGAGGAAGAGAUGGACACAGAAAGUAGUGAAAAUGACUCUGACUGCAUCCUUGUUGACCUGAGCAAGGAUCACACCCCUAACAAAAACAGAAGAGGGACUGGAGACAUGUGGAGCCUCAACAUCGUCCAGACAGUGUCUGAAGAUAUGGGGAUGGCAGAGUCGGUGCCUUUCAGUCAAUUCAGCCAAAGCAACUUUGCUCCAGUGGAGAUUCUGACAAACACCAAGGCCUGCUUGAAGCCUGUCUGGAGCACAAGAAGGCCUUUAGAAACAAAUGCCAAAAUAAUCAACAAGGCGGCUUCAAAUGAAAAUGGCCGCAGCCAGCAUAGCAGGCACGGAAAUGUUCAGAACAACCACACAUUGUCAGGCGGUGAUAGCAUGACUCAGCACAGUGGACAUGGAAUUGAUCAGGACGGUGACGUAAUGUCAAAUGACCAAAUGAACAACAGCGUCGUGACAGCAUUGCAGGGCAGCCUCGACAACGAUUCCUGCUCUUCAUCUAGCUUCCAGACAGAGCUGAAGCAGGAGUAUAUAGAGGAGCUUGAAAGCAGAAUUUUAAAGGUUCUCCCCUUCAUAAAAGAGGACUUUAGGACGUGGGGCCUCCUGCAGAAGAGCUUUGUGCAACAGUUUUGCCUCUCUCCUUUAUGUGAUGCAAGAGAGGAUGACCUAUCAGACAGAUAAUGUGACCUGACAUUCAAGUUUUUGCCUUGCUGUUAAGGCCUUUCUGUUUUGUGUAAAUAUGAGUACUUUAAAUCCAAUGUUUUCUCAUUGGUAACAUCCUUAUUUAUAAAAUGUCUCUUUCUGGUGUCUCCAUGUUGUGUUGGUGGCCUGGAGUUUAGAUAAGCAGGAUGACCAGUAUAUGGGGAGUAGUCUGUAAUUGAUAUUUGUAAAGUCACAUUUUCCUGGAAGGUUUGCCAGAACCAACCAUCUUGAAAGCUUUUCAUUCUUCAUCCUUGAGCAGUUGAAAAUGUGUCAUACGUUAGAUCUGCCUUUUUCACUUUCAUUUUUAUACCUUUAAAAUUAAAGGCUAAAUUUGAAAUUCUCAAGGCUGUUGUCAGUUGUUUCCCUUUUGUACUAUGAAUAACGGUAUUAAAGAUUAUUGGUGAUUUUGGUAUGAUCUGUAUUUUGGACUGAUGGACUUUACAAUGGAUUGUCUUUGUUUAUAACUAAUGCUUAUCUGAGGUUUGAGAAGAUAUUGUUCAAAAGUAAUUUUUUUUCUAUGUAUCAUUGUGAAUGUGAACAUUGUGAAGGAACACUUUGCCUUUUUACUUUUGGCUGUAUUUAAUUUAAAAUGUAAUGUGAAUAUUGCCUUUUCUGUACACUUGUUUUGUGUAGUAAUAGGAAAAUUGCUGCUUUGCUCAUAUUUAUGAGCAAAGCAAAGUAAAAGUAUAGUAAAACUAAUAUUUAUACAGGCUCCUGCUGGGCUGUAUGGUCAAAAUCUUCUGUCCCAAUAUGGGUAAUUUAUCUCUGAUAACAAUAUAUAUCACGGUUUAGCAUGUUUUCUGGAUAAUUCAAUAAAUAGUCUAUAUGAAAUAA